AUGAUCGGAGCCGUCAUUUUCUCCUCGUGUUUCGCAGUCACAUUCGCACAGUUUGCGCCAGCACCCCUGUAUAGCGCGUGCAGCCCAGCUGUACCCUGUGCCGGAGGUCUGGCCUGCCAGGCAUCCGUGUGCAUCCCAGUGGCUGCUGCCCCAGUCCCACCACCACCAAAUCGCUUUUUGCAGGCCCCGGUCUAUGCCCCAGCUUAUCCGGCCCCAGCCCCGGUCUACGCUGCCCCGGCCCCAGUCGCGUACGCACCAGUUCCCGCGCCGCCACCGGUCCCGGUUGUUGCUGCUCAGCCCCCGAUGCCAGUCCCGCCCCCAGCUUGCGCCCCUGGAUGCAUUGGAGGAGGAGCUUGCGUCUCUGGCGCUUGCCAGUGCGCGGCCCCGGUCGUCUACUCGCCGGUUGUUGGAUGCGCCCCAGCCCCAGUCCCGAUCGCCCCAGUCCCAGUUGUUGCUGGCCGUCUCAUCCCUCAGGCCCUUCCUGGUGCCCCAUGCGAGCCGGGCGUCGAGUGCACCGGAGGAUCGGUGUGCUCACUUGGAGUGUGCGUGUGCCCCCCAGAGCUUGUCCAGGAAGGAACCGUGUGCGUCGCCCGCACCGUCUACGGCGUUGUCCCACCCCCGGUCGUCCCGGUCCCAAUGCCAGCCCCAGUUGCCAUGAUCCCCGUGGGUGCGGCCUGUGCCCCGCCAGCUCCGGUUCUUGCUGCCGCUCCCCCACCACCGGCCUGCGUCCCGGGCGCCAUGUGCUCCCCGGCUGGCGUCUGCGCUUGCGCGCCCGCCUAUGCCCCGGUUCAGGGUGCCUGUGUCCGCAGGAAGCACGCCAAGCAGGCCGAGAAGGAGGAGAAGGACGAG